UGUAUACAGAAUAGUCCCGGCGCGGGUUGCCAUUACAGGGCAUUAUAAAAGCAGACGACUCCGCGUCGGCCGUACAGUCCGGCUCGGUGCGUUGCCUCGCGAACUCGCCACGCCAAACUCGCUUCUAUUUACAAUUUAUACAACCUCACACACAAAAUGAGGGAAUGUAUCUCCGUCCACAUCGGCCAGGCCGGCGUCCAGAUCGGCAAUGCGUGCUGGGAGCUGUACUGCCUGGAGCACGGCAUCCAACCUGAUGGGCAGAUGCCGUCGGAUAAAACCCUUGGCGGUGGGGACGACUCAUUCAAUACCUUCUUCAGCGAGACGGGUGCGGGCAAACAUGUGCCCAGGGCUGUGUUCGUCGACUUGGAGCCUACGGUUGUGGACGAGGUCCGUACCGGCACAUACCGGCAGCUGUUCCACCCCGAGCAGCUGAUCACCGGCAAGGAGGAUGCGGCCAACAACUACGCCCGGGGCCACUACACCAUCGGCAAGGAGAUUGUCGACGUCGUCCUCGACAGGAUCAGGAAGCUGGCCGACCAGUGCACUGGUCUGCAGGGCUUCUUGGUGUUCCACUCGUUCGGCGGUGGAACCGGUUCCGGGUUCACAUCGCUGCUGAUGGAGCGGCUCUCUGUCGACUACGGCAAGAAAUCCAAGCUGGAGUUCUCCAUCUACCCUGCUCCUCAGGUGUCGACGGCCGUGGUAGAGCCAUACAACUCUAUCUUGACCACUCACACCACGCUCGAGCAUUCAGACUGCGCGUUCAUGGUCGACAAUGAAGCCAUAUACGACAUCUGCCGGCGGAACCUGGACAUUGAGAGACCUACUUACACGAAUUUGAACAGGCUUAUCGGACAGAUAGUGUCGUCGAUCACGGCGUCGCUUCGCUUCGACGGCGCGCUCAACGUGGACCUGACGGAGUUCCAGACCAACUUGGUGCCGUAUCCGCGCAUCCACUUCCCGCUGGCCACCUAUGCGCCUGUCAUCUCCGCAGAGAAGGCCUACCACGAGCAGCUCACCGUCGCAGAGAUCACUAAUGCGUGCUUCGAGCCCGCCAAUCAGAUGGUAAAAUGCGACCCACGGCAUGGCAAGUACAUGGCCUGCUGUAUGUUGUACAGAGGCGAUGUGGUACCGAAGGACGUGAACGCAGCCAUCGCCACCAUCAAGACGAAGAGAACUAUACAGUUCGUCGACUGGUGCCCCACCGGCUUCAAGGUGGGCAUCAACUACCAGCCGCCGACGGUGGUACCAGGUGGAGACCUGGCCAAGGUGCAGCGCGCCGUCUGCAUGUUGUCCAACACCACCGCCAUCGCUGAGGCCUGGGCCAGGUUGGACCACAAAUUUGACCUUAUGUACGCCAAGCGCGCAUUCGUCCACUGGUACGUUGGCGAGGGUAUGGAGGAGGGAGAGUUCUCCGAAGCGCGGGAGGACUUGGCGGCCCUCGAGAAGGACUACGAGGAGGUAGGAGUGGACUCCACGGAGGGAGAACUCGACGAGGAGAACGAGUACUAAGGACUAUCUGAACAAACAGGGUCGUUUUUUUAUUAAAAACUGCGUUACGACACUGCGUUUUAUACUAAUUAAUUUUUUAAACGAGCAACACUACGGGAGCAAUGUUAACAAUGUUUUAAAUUAAAACCAGCUAAUUCCAUUUGAUCUACAUUUUAAAACAUUACAAAUUGUUUUUAAAAUAACGUUAGAUAUUUAAUUUUUAAUUACAUAGUACCACGUGUACUAUUAAUUGGAAAACGUGACGUCAAUUUUAAUUAUAUUUAAGAAACAUAAUAUUAGUAUUAAGUAUAUAGUGAGCUUGUUUGCAUGAAUGUCAGAACGCUUAAUAACAGUACAAACUUUUGGAAAAUAACUUUCAACACUGAAAUGUAAAGUUUGCAUCUGUGAUUUCUCGUUUGCGCGUUAAAUAUGGUUUUAUAUGCAUUUAUUAAUUAUACAAAAAAAAAAAAACCAAUCGUGAUAAUAAUUAACAUCCUAUUUGGACUUUAGGCUAAUUUAAUACCCUUUUAUACGAAGUAAGUUAACUUAUUGAGAUUAAUUUUAUCGUGCUAACGAAGUGAACGUAUUUGGAUAAUUUAUUAUAAUGCACAAUAAAGUUUUACACAUA